UCUCCUUGACCAUCCAGCGAGAGGGGAGGGGUUGAGGAUGGGGUUGACCAAAGGCCUCGCCAUUGGAAGCAACGGCGUCACCUUCGCGAUUUCGUCGUUCUUGUGCUACUACGGCAGCAGAUUGGUGAUGUACCACGGCGCCCAAGGAGGAACCAUCUUUGCAGUCGGCGCUGCCAAUACCCUCGGCGGACUGGCUCUGGGUCAAGGUCUAUCCAAUCUGAAGUACUUCUCGGAGGCCACUUCCGGCGGAGACCAUAUAAUGGGGGUGAUAAACAGAGUACCUGAGAUCGAUUCCGACGACACCCGCGGCGAGAUUUAGCCGGACGUUUCAGGGGAAGUGUAGUUCAAGAAUGUCGACUUCGCGUACCCAUCUAGGCCGGCAACCACGAUUUUCAAUGGCUUCAACUUAGAGAUCCCGGCGGGGAAGACGUUGGCCCUGGUCGGCGGAAGCGGGUCAGGGAAAUCGACGGCGAUCGCGCUGUUGCAGAGGUUCUACGACGCACUUGCCGGGGAGAUCUUGCUCGACGGCGUGAACAUAGAGAAGGUUCAGUUAAAGUGGCUGAGGUUGCAGAUGGGGUUGGUGAGCCAAGAAUCGGGGCUUUUUGCAACCACCAUUAGAGAGAACAUACUUUUCGGGAGAGUGGACGCCGGAACAGAGGAGGUGGUUGCGGCGGCGAAAGUCUCCAACGCCCAUAACAUCAGAGCUUUUUCCCGCUUUAUUAUUAAAAAGAAAUAAAAUAUAACAUAAUACUCUUAUUGGGAAA